AUCCGGGUCCGGCCCGUGACUGAGCGGGCGCGAGCUACUUUAUGUCAUGGCAUCUUAUGAGAAUUAUACCUCGUUAUAACGAUACUCGGUGGAGCUUUAUCUAAUCGGCCGAAGCCGACAGCAUCCCGGUGGAUCCCUUUCUGCCUCUACUCAUGAUCAUUCGCUGCAGGACCCUCGAAGCUCGCUGCGGUGGCCGGGCGGGAUCAGUCCCGGUAUCCAACUGCCCUUUCUUCUGGCGGUCUCCCCGCGUUCUUGAAUGUUUCCUCUUAUAUUCUUGUGCAAGCCUUCGACUUGAUUUUUCGGAAAGUUGAUCGAGAUCCUGCCAACUGAAUAUCAGCUUCACAUUGAUCUUCAAUAUGCAGACCUCUUUGCUACGCACUCGUGUGCAGCCUUUCUCGCGCCUGGCAUGCCGCAUGCCUAGCUCCGGCUCUCGCGCUCUCAACACUUAUGCGACUUUCAAGGUGCCUCAGAUCAACAACGAGCCUAACAAACACUAUGCCCCCGGUAGCCCGGAUCGCAAGGGCUUGGAAGACGCCUUGGCUUCAUACAAGCAGUCUGCGCCCUUGGACGUGCCUUUGGUCGUCGCAGGCAAGGAGAUCAAGAACUCCCAAACCUUCACUCAGAGCAACCCUGCUACUCACACCCCCGUCGCCACCUAUUCCAACGCCUCCAAGGCCGAUGUCGAGGCCGCCAUCGCCUCUGCCCUCGAGGCCCGCAAGUCAUGGGCUGCUACGCCCUUCGCGGAGCGUGCCAGCAUCUUCCUCAAGGCUGCCGACCUUAUUUCAACCAAGUACCGCUACGAUAUCAUGGCUCUGACCAUGCACGGCCAGGGCAAGAAUGCCUGGCAGGCUGAGAUUGACUCUGCUGCCGAGCUCAUUGACUUCUUGCGCUUCAGUGUGAAGUACGCCGAGGAGCUUUAUGCUCAGCAACCUGUUCACCACGCCCCUGGUGUGUGGAACCGCCUCGAGUACCGUCCUCUGGAGGGUUUCGUCUACGCUAUCAGCCCCUUUAACUUCACCGCUAUCGGUGGCAAUUUGGCCGGUGCGCCCGCUCUGAUGGGUAACGUCGUCCUCUGGAAGCCCUCGCCUUCCGCAAUUGCUUCCAACUGGCUCGUUCACCAGAUCCUUCUCGAGGCUGGCCUCCCCAAGGACGUUAUUCAGUUCGUGCCCGGUGAGGCUGAGGAGGUCACUAGCGCCGUCCUCAACCACAAGGAAUUCGCUGCUCUCCACUUCACUGGUAGCACUGAUGUCUUCCGUAUGCUCUAUGGCAAGAUCUCCCAGGGUGUGGCGGAGGGCAAGUACCGGAGCUAUCCUCGCAUCGUUGGCGAGACUGGUGGCAAGAACUUCCACUUGGUCCACAAGUCCGCCGAUGUGCGUAACGCCGCAGUUCAGACCGUCCGUGGUGCCUUUGAGUUCCAGGGCCAGAAGUGCAGUGCCACUUCCCGCGCCUACGUUGCUGCCUCCAUUGCCGACGACUUUGUCAACCAGGUCGUUGCGGAGGUGAAGCAGAUCAAGGUUGGCGAGCCUUCUGAUUUCACCAACUUCUGCGGCCCAGUUAUCCACGAGGGCUCCUUCAACAAACUCGCCGGUGUUAUCGACGAGGCCAAGAAUGACCCCGAGCUUGAGCUGCUUGCUGGUGGCUCCUACGAUUCCUCCAAGGGAUGGUACAUCCAGCCCACUGUGUACCGUACCUCCAACCCCGACCACCCCCUUCUGUCGCGCGAGCUCUUCGGUCCCAUCAUUGUCAUCCACUCGUACAACGACGCCACCGAGGCUGAUUUUGUCAAGAUCUGUGAGAAGAUCGACACCACCGGCAUCUACGGUCUGACUGGCUCCGUCUUCGCUCAGGACCGCCACGCUGUGCAGGUUGCUGAUGAGCACCUUCGCAACGCCGCUGGUAACUUCUAUAUCAACUGCAAGAGCACUGGCGCCGUCGUUGGCCAGCAGCCCUUCGGUGGUGCCCGUGCCAGUGGUACCAACGACAAGGCUGGUAGCGCCAACCUCCUGUCUCGCUUCGUGAGCUUGCGCUCGGUUAAGGAGGAGUUUGUCCCCACCUACACCGUUGCCUACCCCAGCAACGCCAACUAAGGAAGGGUUCAAGCAUGACCUUCCCAUGUUGACUGUUCAUUUAGCAUGCCUUAUGAUAACCCGGUGUCUAUUUUUGCAUUUCCACCUUUGGCGUUUCACUUUUGUGUCGGAGUGACGAUUGUACUCCCUGAGCCUUGCUCUAAAAAGGACAAGCACGUGUAUCUAUAUAUCAUUUGAAAUUGAAUAUUUAUCUCAAACCCUGUCACAAGA